GACAUCCAAACUUCGAAAAAGAGAAAAAUAAAGAAUGAGUAAGACAACAAAUAUAUGGCCAGCUUGUAUAUGGUGGUGGACAGAUAAUAAAUGGUGGAUUAAUCAACCAAAUGCUACCAUUACCAUGUAGGGAGGGCUCAAAAUACAGUUCGUAGAUAAGUUAAGGGCACAAUAGGCAAACUCUGGUCUAUAUAAACACACACUUUGCUUGCAGGUAUAGUUUAAGAGUGGCACAACAUCCAUUCAAAAAAAAAAAAAAAUGAGUGGCACAAAAAUGGCUAUCUUUCUUCUUUUAUCGUUGGUUUUGGUGGUUUCAACGGAAAGUAUGGCAGCUCCGGGUGGCGGCAGCAGCCAAACAGUGUCAUAUGAUGAGCUUCUGUUGGCCUUUCAAUGGCCAACCUCUUACUGUAACACAGGGAUGAAUAAAUGUAAUCAUCCCAUCCCUCUCGAGUUCACUGUGCAUGGCUUAUGGCUUAAUAAAAAUUCAAACAGUGUUAAUUGCCCUACACCAAAUCCCCGCAUCAAGCUCUACCGACAGAUACGCAGUGAUCUCCGGAAAGAUUUGGAAAAAUACUGGCCAAACCUAAAUAGCCAAGGACGCCGGGAAUAUUUAUGGGAACAUGAAUAUGAAAAGCACGGCUAUUGCUUUACAGAAUUUGGCAAUCAUGUGGAUUACUUUCGAACUGCUCUUGCUAUUGCGACUGACAUUGGAGACGUCAAGAAUAAUAUGCUUUUAAGCUCAGAGAAAACCAUUACAAGGGGUGAGUUCUAUCAAGUUAAAGAUUUCAAACAUGUUACUAUUGCCGGCAGAAAAUUAACCCUAGGGCUUCGAUGCAAUUACGCAAGGAAUAGCGCAAUCCCCCAAUUGCACGAGUUAGUGUUCUGUACAGACAGAAACAAGAUCCUGAAGGACUGUGCUUAUAAUGUUAAAGAGUGUGACAGGCCAUGGAAGGACAGUAAUGGGGUUGUCCAGAGUGGUCGGUUCAAAUUUCCUUGAGUGCCAGCGUCCUUGUCCGGCUCUUCCCGUUCACCUCCUUAGUGAAAUGCAGGGAAAUUUAGUCAGAGACUCAGAACUAGCCUUGAAUCUCAGAGGAUCUUAGAAAAUGUUGGAUUUUUUCUUUUUUGAAGAAUCUAACUAUUGCAUAGUUGAUUCAGGGUUCUUUUUUUUUUUUUUUUCCAUAAGUUUCAGUCUUUCGGUUGGUGUUUUGUUGUACAUGUACCUUGUUCCUGAUCAAUGACAUUUGCCUAUUUACAAAAAAAUAACAACGCAUUAAUUUCUUGUGUAGUUGCUCUUAUUUACUAUUGACCCGGCAAACAGCAAGAAAGUAAAAACGUCAGGCUCCUAAGAUCUUUGCAAUCCACGAGAAAAAUGAAAAGAACAAUCUUAAACAUUUUAUGAAGCAGUAGUCUUUCACACUACCCUAACCUAAAUAUAUAUAUAUGUAAAAAAAAUUUCUAAAAACUUGAAUUACGACCCUUUUUUUACAUCUUACAAGCACUUAUAUUCAUAAAGUGAUCAUCACAUUAAGAACGUGUGGCUUCAAUCUUAAACAUUUACCUCCAUCAAUUAGUUGUUGUAAUCUGGCAAAUAAUUUUUUUAUUGGAUGAAUAAAAAAAGAAAACUUGCGCACAAAGGCAGAAGUAUCCGUCCAUGAGUUAUUUAAAAUAAAGAAGAAAAGUAAAAGUCAAUAAGAAGAAAAGGCAAAGGAGUGGGUUGUCAUCUUCACUGUACCCACUCCACCCACACCACACUCAAUUUUUUAUACAAUUUAUUAAUUAAUAUUUUAUCUAGAAUAUAUAAUGCAUUAAAUUAAAAUGCAUAAAACAUCAAAAACAGAUUCUAACAUGACAAAACAUUCCACAUGAAGAUUAAGGAAAUAUUAAACAAACUAAGGCAAUAUUAGUACAUUGGUAUAGUGAUUACAUGAUAAUAAGAAUUAAUAUUUUAAGAAAUACAAAAAUAAAAAUUAAUGGAAUAACUAAUCAUAUAUGGGUAACAAAUAUAUAGCAUA